AUGGCGGAAACAUCCACUGCCAUCGACAAGCAGCUAACCCUAACAUCACCACCGCAGCCCAUUCUUCCUCUCGACCUCAUUAUAGAAAUUCUAUGUAGGCUACCCGUGAAGCUCCUCCUUCAACUUCGAUGUGUCAGUAAGUUGUGGAAUUCUUUUAUCACUGAUCGCAAAUUUGCCAACAAGCAUCUUCGCAUGUCAACCACCCACCGCAUACAGGGAGUAACUUACUCUUUGUUCUCAUACAACUCCAUGCUCACGUCUUACCAACUCAACUGUCUUUUCACCAGGCGUGUAACCACCAACGUCACCAAGCUCAAAUAUCGUUUCAACAAUUGUAAUAAACCUAACAUUGUUGGCUCUUGCAAUGGCUUCCUCUGUGUUGCUUUUUCUAAUUAUUCGAUUGUAUUGUGGAACCCUUCCAUUAAUAAAUUCAAGGAAUUACCACUUAUUCAAAAGUCACAGGGGAUUACUAACCUCACUUUUAGCUUUGGCUACGACUCUCUUACGGAUAAUUACAAGGUGAUUGUUGUGUUACAAUACACUGACGUGAAGGUUCAUACAUUGGGUACCCAUUUUUGGAAAACCAUUCAGGAGUUUCCCUUUGGUGUUAUGCCUGUUGAGAAAUCUGGAAAAUUUGUGAGUGGCAGGAUUAAUUGGUUGGCCUCUACUGAUUUAAGACUGCAAAGUCCACGCUUCAUUGUUUCUUUUGAUUUGCGGAAAGAAUCUUAUGAAAAAGUUUUGCCUCCUGAUGGCGUAGAUGUGUGCAACUUGAGCUUGAGUGUGUUAAGAGAUUGUUUGAGCAUAUUUGCUGGUCAUCAUGAUAUCUGGGUCAUGAAAGAAUAUGGAAUUCAAGAGUCUUGGACAAAAUUGUUCACUAUUUCUAACAUGCCAUCUCCUAAUAGUUCUGUUAGUUUUACCAAGGCUGCAUAUAUUUUUGAGGAUGACCAAGUGUUGCUGGAGUCUGAAGGAAAUUUGAAUUUUGUUAUUUACGAUUCCAAGAAUGGUACUUUUAGAUUUCCUUCAUUUCAAAUCAUCGCACCAGAUGUUUGCGUUGAGAGUUUGAUAUCGCCUUGUUUUUAA